CCGAGGAAGGGCUGAAAGCUAGAAGCAGGCGCCAUGCAGUACACGGGGAGCAAAUAUAUCGGAGAAUACGUAGAUGGGAGAAUAUUGCUGGGACGCUAACGUCUGAGGACUCUGAGGAUGAGGCUUCUGCUCACUCUCUCUCACCUGCCAGCUCUGAUCCUCCAGUCGCCAUGCAGGGCUCAGUGAUCUCCCUAUGUCCUUACAGGAUGGAGGGCAAAGCCGAAUACAUCCUCCCGACUGAAACAAGAUAUGUUGGGGAAAUGAAGGACGGCAUGUUUCAUGGCCAAGGAACCCUGUACUUCCCCAACGGGAGCCGAUACGACGCCAUUUGGGAAAAGGGACUAGUUGUGAAGGGCAGGUACACCUUUGCGGAUGGGCUGCAGUACGAUGGUGAGAACUGGCACUACUGUGACAGCUAUGAUCGGAGGUUUUACACUGAGAUCUGCUUCGGCUUGAAGCCCACAGGUAUCUCUCAACUCACCAAUAUAGACCCACCUAGAAAAAUCCCCAAGGGUUGUUAUGAUUGUGGAGACGGCUUCUAUAACCCAGUCACGAGGAUAGUCAAGGACUACAGGAACCGCUUUCUGAGAAAUGCAGAUGAUGAUGAGCAUGAGUGGAUCAUCCGUACCUGUCGAAAGGGCUAGGAGAAGAUUGUGGGUCACAGGCCCAAGCUGUGAUCUCUGCAUCCACCUCCAGCAGUGGUUUCCCUCUGUCCCAUUGGCACUGGCUGGCCCAGGGUAGAGGCCGUAGUUCUAGAAUCUGAUUUGGACUCAGGAAUAAAGGUUUUCUGCAGUCAGUGGC